CCAAACAAACAACAUAAAAACACAUACAUAUCAGCAAUGGCCGGUAAGGUUUUAGCAAUAAGUUUGACGAUGCUAAUGAUGUUUUGUCGUUCGGGUUCUGAUUUUGGGCAGGACAAGAAAGUGUGCCAACAGCAAUUAGUUAACCUAUCUUCAUGUCUCAAUUUUGUCACUGGAGAUGCCAAAGCUCCAUCCCCAGCAUGCUGCACCGAGCUACACAAAGACGUCGACAAAUCCAAAUUCUGUGUCGGCGUCCUUGUUAGAGACAGGAAUGAGCCCAGCCUUGAGUUCAAGCUCAAUGCCACUCGAGCUUUGAGCCUUAAUUCCCUGUGUAAAACCAACUCAAACGCUACAAUUUGUCCCGAACUCUUGCACCUAUCCCCGAACUCGCCUGAGGCUCAGAUAUUUGACCAAUUUGGCAAUAGUACACAUGCUGGAGGUAGCUUACUUGUCUUCUUUACUCCCAUAUUUAUUUUCUCUGUUUCUCUCCCUCUUGCCAGUUUCGAUGGAUUGCAGAGACAUUGCCUAGUUCAGCCACUAAGUUGAGUGUCAAACUAAUCAGACAAGCAGCCAUUAUUGCAUUCUUGGUUUGGGCAACUACUGGAAGUAGCUAGAAUGUUGUGAGCUAAGAGUUAAGACAUCAUAAUGGUACAGAACAUGUGGUCACAAUGUCUUUCUGAUGUAAAAAUUAUUGGAGUUGUUGUUUAAUGGUGUC